UGUCCUUAAUGUAGGUCAAAUAGGUGCCUUAAUCUGAUAAAGUCGUUUCCUCUACUUGUUUGUUUCUCCUCAAUUGGAAUUUAGAAUCUAUAAAAAGAUGUUUGGAAUUUUUACCUUACUGUAUGUAGUUCUGAAUGCUGUGUAUAUCACGGAGGCUAUGCGUUGUUUUGAAUGUACGGACAUUCCACAUUUAGAAGAUUGUGAUGUUGUAAGAUUGUGUAAUACUCACGAAAUAUGUUAUGUGGAGCAAAUUGUGACAGCGAGUGGUCACGUGACAUACAAUUCAGGUUGCAAGGCUAGAGAAAUUUGUAAAACGUUGACCGAAAGGAGCGUCGCGUUUCCUGCCAAUGGUACCCAGUCCAGUGAGCAAACAAGUGCCGUGGUUAAACGGUCUGGGGUUGACUUGACAACUUGUGAGCAAUGCUGCAGUGCAGAAUUCUGUAAUAAUCAGGGAUGUGGACAAACAGCAACACCGAAGGAUCAACGAGGCCUUUAUUGUUAUUCAUGUCAGAAACAAAAAUCACCGGAUGCUUGUCGUUACGUGAAACAAUGUGAGCACAAUGAGGUGUGUUUAAUCGACAAAUUGCUGGAUGUUACCGAAAUAGUUUAUGACAGUCACUGCAUUGCACGUUCUCAAUGCGAAUCUAUCAAGCAAGUAUAUAACACACCCACCAUUGGUAAACGAUCACCGGAAGUUGUCAAUGCGUUAGGUCACAUAUCACCGGCAAGGGAGCUAACUCACGAAUUCAAUGGUUUUGCCUCCCUUUCCAAACGAGACAUACAUAAAGUUCAUUUAUGCAUCCUUUGUUGUGACUCGGAUUUCUGUAACAACAUGUGUAUCCGAAAUAUUAAAAGAACGAAUAGUUACAUUAGUAACAAUAGUAAAUAAACGUUAUACUUUA